AUGGCAUACCCAACCCAAGAGGCUGUUCCCUCGCAGCCGAAGCGAGUUGCCAUUUACGGUGGAGCUUUCGAUCCCCCGACGAACUCUCAUCUAACCUGUGCGGCAGAGAUUGUGCACAGCCACUCGGCCGAUGAAGUCUGGCUCGUGCCUUGCGGGCCUCGUCCAGACAAGCCGAAGUUGAAGACGCCAGCCGUCGACAGAUAUUGCAUGUGCCAGAUCGCCGUGAACACUGUCUUCAGUCCAGAUUUUCCAGUCAAGGUCAGCGACAUUGACAUGGGCAAGAAGCAGGCAGCCUUCACGUACGAUUUGCUGGUGGAGCUCAAGGAGCAGAAUCCCAACACCAACUUUGCGUUUGUGAUUGGAUCCGACUGGCUCCAGCCAGGAACAAACAUUGCUGAAUGGACUUCCCUGAAUAAAGCUUGGAAGGAGGGAAUGCCCGAGGCGGAGAAAGAGAUUGUGACGGGAGACAAGCUUCUACAAGAGUUUGAGUUUCUUGUUGUCCCGCGCCCUGGCUACGAUGUGCCAAAAACCGAGGCGGACCCAACAGGGCUCAAGGCAUUCGGUCCACGCCUUCGGUGGAUGCAGAUGCCGGAGCACUUUCACUUCAUCGAGGGCAACCUGUCUUCAACAGAGAUCAGAAAGCGAUCGCAGUACUCAUGGCGAGUGCAAGAGGCCGCCAAAGGCGGCAAGCUGAGAACUAUCGAGGGGCUGGUGCCGCCGGGUGUCCU